UCAUUUCUAUUCUACCCCCCUUUCAUUAAUAUCAUUCUCCCUUUAUUUCAGUUUCUUAAAAACCAAGUAGAAAUAUAAGAAAAAAAAAAGUUAAAAGUUAUAUUAGGAAAGUGUUUUGUUGAUAUCGAUCAUGGCGGAACGUGUUUUCACCCGUGUUCACAGUCUUCGGGAGCGUCUUGAUUCGACUCUCGCAACUCAUCGUAAUGAAAUCCUUAUGGUUCUUUCAAGGAUUGAGAGCCAUGGAAAAGGAAUAUUGAAGCCUCAUCAACUAAUGGCUGAAUUUGAAUCCAUCUGCCAAGAGGAUCAAACCAAGCUCCAUGAUGAUGCCUUUUAUGAAGUUCUUAAAAACACUCAGGAAGCAAUUGUGCUACCUCCAUGGGUUGCACUUGCUAUUCGUCUCAGACCCGGUGUCUGGGAAUAUGUUCGAGUCAAUGUAAAUGCAUUGGUAGUCGAGGAGCUAAGUGUUCCCGAGUAUCUUCACUUCAAGGAAGAACUUGUUAACGGAACAUCCAAUGGGAACUUUGUACUGGAGUUGGACUUUGAGCCUUUCACCGCUUCUUUCCCCCGGCCAACUCUCACCAAAUCCAUUGGUAAUGGGGUCGAGUUCCUUAACCGACACCUCUCUGCUAAAAUGUUUCAUGACAAGGAUAGCAUGCACCCUCUAUUGGAUUUCCUUCGUACCCAUAACUACAAGGGCAAGACAAUGAUGCUGAAUGACAGAAUCCAAAACCUGAAUGCACUCCAAGCUGUUUUGAGAAAGGCAUCCGAGUACCUAUCAACACUCGAUGCAACCACUCCUUUCUCUGAUUUUGAACACAAGUUUCAAGAGAUCGGAUUGGAAAGAGGUUGGGGCGAUAAAGCAGAGCGUGUGAUGGAAAUGAUCCAUAUGCUACUAGACCUUCUAGAGGCUCCUGAUGCUUGCACUCUAGAGAAAUUCCUUGGAAGAAUCCCAAUGGUGUUUAACGUUGUCAUUCUUUCACCACAUGGUUACUUUGCUCAAGAAAACGUUUUAGGAUAUCCCGAUACUGGUGGUCAAGUUGUGUACAUUCUUGAUCAAGUUCCUGCUUUGGAACGUGAGAUGCUUAAGAGAAUAAAGGAACAAGGACUUGAUAUUAUUCCUCGUAUUCUCAUUGUGACGAGGCUCCUUCCUGAUGCUGUAGGAACCACUUGUGGACAGCGUAUGGAGAAAGUGUUUGGAGCAGAGCACUCUCAUAUUCUUCGUGUUCCCUUUAGAACCGAAAAGGGUAUUCUACGUAAAUGGAUCUCUCGUUUUGAGGUGUGGCCAUACAUUGAAACUUUCACCGAGGAUGUCGCCAAGGAAGUUACUGCAGAGCUGCAGGCAAAACCUGAUUUGAUCAUUGGAAACUACAGUGAGGGAAACCUUGUUGCCUCUUUGCUAGCUCACAAGUUGGGUGUCACUCAGUGUACCAUUGCUCAUGCCUUGGAAAAAACCAAGUACCCUGAUUCCGAUAUCUACUGGAAGAACUUUGAGGAAAAAUAUCAUUUCUCGGCUCAGUUUACAGCUGAUCUUAUUGCCAUGAACCACACCGACUUUAUCAUUACUAGUACCUUCCAAGAGAUCGCUGGAAGCAAGGACACAGUUGGACAAUAUGAGAGUCAUACCGCCUUCACAAUGCCUGGGCUAUACCGUGUGGUCCAUGGAAUAGAUGUAUUUGACCCCAAAUUCAAUAUCGUUUCACCUGGGGCUGAUAUGGGAAUUUACUUCUCUUACACCGAGAAAGAAAGGAGGCUCACGGCACUUCACCCUGAAAUAGAUGAACUACUCUUCAGUGCUGUUGAGAACGAAGAGCACCUAUGUGUGUUGAAGGACAAGAACAAGCCCAUUCUAUUUACAAUGGCGAGAUUGGACAAUGUGAAGAACUUAACGGGACUGGUGGAAUGGUACGCCAAGUGUGACAAGCUUCGUGAAUUGGUGAACCUUGUUGUUGUGGGUGGUGACAGAAGGAAGGAAUCUAAAGAUCUUGAAGAGCAAGCCCAGAUGAAGAAGAUGUAUGAGCUGAUUGAGAACUACAAGCUCAAUGGUCAGUUUAGAUGGAUUUCUUCACAGAUGAACAGAGUGAGGAACGGUGAGUUGUACCGUGUGAUUGCUGACACCAGGGGAGCAUUUAUUCAGCCUGCAUUUUAUGAGGCAUUUGGUUUGACCGUGGUGGAAGCCAUGACUUGCGGUUUGCCCACUUUUGCAACCCUUCAUGGAGGGCCAGCUGAAAUUAUCGUUCAUGGAAAAUCUGGUUUUCACAUUGAUCCAUAUCACGGUGACCAGAUCACCGAGCUUCUCAUCAACUUCUUUGAAAAAAGCAAACAAGACCCUUCUCACUGGGAAGCCAUUUCCAAGGGUGGCCUGCAACGUAUCCAGGAGAAAUACACAUGGCAGAUUUACUCAGAUCGGUUGUUGACACUUGCUGGAGUUUAUGGAUUCUGGAAGCAUGUGUCUAAGCUUGACAGGCUUGAGAUCCGUCGUUAUCUUGAGAUGUUUCACGCUCUUAAGUACCGCAAACUGGCCGAAUCUGUUCCAUUGGCCAUCGACGAGUAAACGAGGAGCAACUGAGUGGUCAAGCGGAGGCUUCAGGAGUUGUGUUUCACGUAUUAUUAUGAGAAUAAAGUGAAGAGAGCAUUUCGGAAGGCUUUUUCUGUUGUGUAUGUGUGUGUUUUUCUGUAUUUCCUCAUAUUCCUAUUUCAUUGCCAAGCAUUUUUGUAAUUAACUCCUGCCUUGCUUUGGUCACAAAUUGGAAAUUUUCAUUGAGCUUUUCAUUA